AUGCUUGUAUUUAAUUUCUGUCAGACCAGUCUUAAAGGUGAACAUUUGAGAGCCGCUACUGAUUAUAUCAGAACGGUAGUUCGCGAUGCCAUGAAUUUGCGGAGUAAGUUUAGAGAUGUUGGGAACAGGGAAACAAUCAGUAGGCUGGAAGAAGUCAUAAAUAGUAUUGAUACUUCAAACGUUUGGCAUGUUAAAUGCUAUUCCCUAUUUACAAGCAAAGACAAAAUUCAGCGCCUGGAGAAAAAGUGCAACAAAGAUGAGGCGUCUGCAAUAUCAACCUCAAGUCCGCGUAAAACGCGUGCGCAAACAAAACAAGUUGAUUGGGAUAAAUGUGCUUUCUGUCAGGUUCAUACGAAUGAGCGCUUAUCGUCAGUUAUGACAUUUAAGAUGAGUGAACAAAUUAUUGAGAUUUCUAAGUUUGACAAAAUACUGUGCACUCGAUUUGCGGGUAUCUCAGAUUUGAUAGCCGCUGAAGACAAGUACCAUUUAUCAUGCUUCAGUGCAUCUAAAAGAUCAAGGGAUAAGACAAAAAGUGAAAUGAAAGACUAUGAUUUAGCAUUGGUUUGGUUGUCCAAAGAAUUGGAGUAUGCUGCUGACAAGGGCCAUGUUAUUAGACUUGAUGACGCAUGGGAAAGAUACACUACAUUAGCCGAAAAAGCGGGCAACACGCUUCCCUCUUCUUUUAUCAGUCGAAGGGCGACUUUUAAGGACAAAAUUAUGCAUAUGGUUGGAGACAUCAUACAGCACGUGCAAUCAUUUGAAAGGGAGCCGUCUGAGCGUCACAUCUUGCUAUUUCCCAAAAAGUACGCUAAAAUGGUUCUGUCCCAGUUAGUAACCCAGGGUACGGCUGACGAAGAAGACGAUGAACUAACUCUGCCCGUUUAUCACCAACAAGACGAUUUCCUCUCUCUUGUUCAUGUGGCGUUGAUGAUACGAGCUGAUGUGCAGGAGACCCCAGGUUACAUGGGACUCGACAUAGGCAUACACGAUGUCGGUGAUUGUGUUCCCGAAAGUCUGCAACUGUUUCUAAACCUUUUGUUCGGAGGUGAACGACUUUUGGAUAAGGAAACGAUUGAAGAAAAAGAAAAUGAAGUUCGCCGUAAAGCGCUUGCCGUUGCUCAAGAUAUUUUGUACGGGGUAAGCAACGGUAAGAAAUGGACACCUAAGCACAUUGGCUUAGGGAGCACCCUUCACCAAGUCACAAGAUCGAAAGAUCUAGUUAAACUUUUUCACAAGGCAGGACAUAGUCUGAGUUAUGACCAAAUUCUUCAUCUUGACACGGGUUUAGCCGAGCGUGUUUUAAACACUAUGGAUGAAAAAAGCGAAACCGUGAUUCCGCCAAAUUUGGUGCAAGGUAAUUUCGUACACUUCUCUGCUGAUAACAUUGAUAUUUUGGAUGAAACGCUGGACGGUAAGAACACGUCUCAUGCCACACAAAUAGCUGGAUGGCAACAUGGGGCAGAAAAUUCGUCGUUACUUGACGGUGUAAAUCCAUCCAAAAAGCGAAGUUUGGAUAUUCCAGAAUCGAUGGACAAGAUUGGAACGAUUGUGGCAAGAAAAAGCAAUUCUGUCUUCAUUAAAGCAGUUAAGACGACGUGGUAUGACCAAGCUGAAGAUAAGAAAGAAUGUAAACAAGCUGCCAAAGCUACUGAUUUGGCAUUCAAUAUGCUACGAAGCGAAGGUGUGAUCAGAAGCUGA